ACUUAAUUUAUAUUUGCUAAUGAUACAGUAAUCUUUGUGGAAUUGCUGGCGAAGCCCUUGUGACUUCAGGUCUCCUGGGCUAAAACCAAGCUGCAGGUGUUUUGAGGCUUGCUAGAUGAAGCAGUACAGUCUACCAAUGCGUGUGGCGAAAACACUGAAAUCUCGGAAAAUUUCACAUGCCAUUGUAGCGUAGUUCAGGAGGUAAGUUUCGGUAGAAAGUUUUAUGGCGAAUUGGCUUGAUCCACAUCCGGAUCUCCAGGUCCCUUGCUCUCCCUGUCUUAUUCUAUGGAUGUGAGGCAUGGCCACUAAAUAGGGAAUUGGGGAGACGGCCUUUGGUAAUACACAUCUGCGCAAAAUCAUGGGGUGCCGCUGGAAUGGCUGUGUGUCAAACUGACGACUACUCCGUGAAACUGAUACGAGGCCUAUUACCUGCAUAUUCUGUCAAAACCAACUCCAGCUACAGAGGCUUGUAGCACGUUACCCUACCUAUCGGGAUGUCUCUGUAAGAGACAGUUAUAGUUGAAGGAGGCCAAGGGGACGCCCAGCGAGUUCGUGACUUGAGCAUGUCGAUAGAUCCUGCCAGGAGGUACUCAAGAUUGAAAAGGGACCUGCAUGGAUGCUUGCCCCGGGGGACCCGCGGACUUGGUGUCGUAGGGUGGGCAAGGCGAUUCCCCUCCCCAUCAUCUUCCAAUCCGAAGAGACGAUGCCUUGAAAAAAAAUAUGCGAGGAGAGAAAUUCGCUUUAUAUUUUUUAGUACUUUAGGGUACACAUUGUCUGGCCCUGGGCUUUUUAUUUGUUUUAAAGGAUUGGAGAACAUGACGGCCCUCAUCGGUAGGGUAGUUAUAACAAAGUUAGGCAAGACAGUAAUGAGAGUUACGUUAGUAAUAUUGUUGUCGUUUGCGUUGAUGUAUUGGCGGUAAGACUAUAAUAUUAAAUACCGAGGAAAAAUAAUUGUUUAACAAGUUCGAAACGCGUAUUUUUCAGUCACUAAUUCGCCGUCGCUAUCAGUUUAAGGGUUCAGUUCCACGUCUGAUCGCCUCUCUGUUGUUUAUACAACUGCAGAACGAUUUCGGAUUACUUUUACAAUUGGGUUUCAAUGUUUUCUUCAGAUCUACGCUGAGACUGACAUUUUCACUCGUCGCCUGGCUUCAUGAUAAUGUCUAAUAUUUUCGAGUGUGUUUUAAACUUUAUUUACCCCGUAAAGCAAAUUUCAUUCCUUAACAGAAUGUAUGAUUUCGCUAUUAAACCAAUGUGAACUUUUAUUAAUGUUACGUCGCUUCUCGCAAGAAUUUACAAAUGUAUUAUGCUGAGUGAGCAAAUAAUUUUCAGGCUUCCUCAAUGUUGCAACCAUCCGAUUACUGCAUUUAUGUUAGUUUUUGUCUAAUUUUUAUGAUGUUUGCACUUUUGAAAUUAGCACCAUUGUUUUAUUUUCAGUGAAUUUUGGUUGAGUUCUGAUGUUGACGCGAACUAAUUCGUGGUCGCAAGAAUCAAUAUGUUCUCCUACCGUAACAUUACUGAUUAGUUUAUCUUGGGUUACUAUAACAAGGUCUAGUGUGUUAUUUUGUCAAGUUGCUUCAGUAAUCAUAUUAAUUUUAAUGCGAUCAAAGAUAUAUCAAAGCGACUGAACCGUGUUUGAGUUAAUGGUAGUUUUAGCACUUUUAAAUAAGUUUUAUCUGGAGUUCUGUAGGGUAGUGUCUUGAGUAUUAUUAUGGUCUUGUAUAUUGCUGAUGUAUGGCUAUAUUUGAAAAAUUAAUUGAUCCGAAUGUUUAUGACCGCACCUUCAUGUUUGUUAAUUUCCCUAGCGAUCGUUUUGAUGUGACUGUUUCUCUGAAUAUUAAUUUUGGGGGCGUGGGGUUCAUCUCCGUCGCGUCAGUCCUUAAGCCUGUGGUGGGCAAGAACCCAUUACACUCCUCUCGCGGUCCCGCUACAACCCAUUACACUCCUCCCGCGGUCCCGCUACAACCCAUUACACUCCUCGCGCGGUCCCGCUACAACCCAUUACACUCCUCCCGCGGUCCCGCUACAACCCAUUACACUCCUCGCGCGGUCCCGCUACAACCCAUUACACUCCUCGCGCGGUCCCGCUACAACCCAUUACACUCCUCGCGCGGUCCCGCUACAACCCAUUACACUCCUCGCGCGGUCCCGCUACAACCCAUUACACUCCUCCCGCGGUCCCGCUACAACCCAUUACACUCCUCCCGCGGUCCCGCUACAACCCAUUACACUCCUCCCGCGGUCCCGCUACAACCCAUUACACUCCUCCCGCGGUCCCGCUACAACCCAUUACACUCCUCCCGCGGUCCCGCUACAACCCAUUACACUCCUCCCGCGGUCCCGCUACAACCCAUUACACUCCUCCCGCGGUCCCGCUACAACCCAUUACACUCCUCCCGCGGUCCCGCUACAACCCAUUACACUCCUCCCGCGGUCCCGCUACAACCCAUUACACUCCUCCCGCGGUCCCGCUACAACCCAUUACACUCCUCCCGCGGUCCCGCUACUCACGACUUUCCACUCUUGCUCAUCCCUAUUUUGUCCAUAUCCUUUAGGCAAGAGUUACCCUGCAUCUUCAUAAUUUUUUUCAGUUCUGGAACAGCCUUCAUUCGUCUACAUUUCCUCCUGCCUACGACUUUGAACUCUUUUAAGAAGAGAGUAUCAGGACACCUCUCCUUCCGUAAUUGACCUCGCUUUUGCCUGUUUGUUCUGAUUAAUUUCACUGGAACUUCGUUCACCGGGCCUUUUUGUUCCUGAUUUUGUUUCCUUGAGCUGCCUCCGUUGUAUAAAAAAAGAAAGGAAAAAAAAUCGGACACAAGGUGAGUGACAUCCGGGGUACUACCUGUCAUAUAUUGCUCUAGGUACCCAUUUAUUACCAGCCCAAGGAAGGAUGAACAGCUGGGUGAACCGCACACCGACUGAGCGGACAGGGAUUAGUGCCCUGCCCUACAGUUUCAUAUUUACUUACGCUAACCAUUGCACCACAUAAUAUUGAUCAUCCUAUAUCAUAGAGAGCUUUUCAUUAUCGUCAAUGCUUAUUUUAGGUAUCUAAAUUAUUAUAACCAUGUUGUCCUUUUGACACCUCAUUUAAUUAUGAACAGGACAGUUUUAUAAUUGAGAUUAAUUCCUGGUCCAUUGAGGUGUUGGGGUAGUACCUGAAUGAUGAC